AUGGCGCUUGCAGGGGGAAGUGCAAUGAUAAUACAAGAGUUUUCCUCGGCUAAGUGCACAUUUGAAGUAUACAAGCAAGUGUUUGAAAAUAAAAUGAGAAUACACAACAUAGACGAGGCAAAAUGGCACCAGUAUUUAAUUUCAUGUAUAGGCUUCGAUAUUGUAACAUUGCUGACAGAAUUAUGUUUUCCGUCUAGUCUGGACAGCAAAAACUAUAAACAAUUAGUUGAGCUCAUUGAAAAACAUAUCGAACCAACUCAGUCAGAAAUUACAGAAACAUACAAAUUUAUGAAAAGAGUACAAUUGCCUAAUGAAUCCAUUGCAGAGUUCGUGGCGGCCCUUAAAAAGCUUGCCCAAACGUGUAAUUUCGGGGCACAUCUGGAAAGAUCAUUGAGAGAUAAAUUUGUUCAUGGCUUACGAUAUGAGAAUAUUGUAAAAAGACUCUUUAAUGAAGAUAAAUUAACUUUCACGACAGUGGUGAACAUAGCUAUAGGGAUGGAGCUGGCUGAGAAAGGGGCGAGGCUGAUUACGCACGGCCAAGAAGAAGCAGAGGUGCAGAAGGUGUCUCAUCAAAAAGAAAGUAAAGAGACGGUGAAGGUGAAAUGUCAUUGUUGUGAUAAGCUGGGACAUAUAAAACCGAAGUGUAAGUUCAGAGAAGAAGAAUGUUACAAAUGUCAUAAGAAGGGGCAUAUUGCGAGUGUCUGCCGAGCCCAGGUUAAUCUACAUAAGAGGUUUCCGUCAAGAAAAGUAAAGGAGGUAAAUAAAGAUGAAUUUUCAGUGUUACAGGUUAAAAGCAGUGUGUAUUCAGAAAAGGAAAAUUGUGAUUACGGGUUAGAGUUACUAUUUUAUCAAAAUGAAGAUAGUGUAUAG